CAUUGAGAUGAGGCAGCCAUGGUAACCAUUGAACGAAAGGUUUGCCCAGUAAUUUCGGAUUGGAAGAUUCUUAAAACAAUACUAAAAACGAAUGCAGCCCUCAAAUUUUGUUUCAAAGAGUAUUUUGUAAGUUGCAAUAAUGAAUUAUUUUCGUUUUUGAGCUGGAGUGGUUGAUUUCAAAUUUGUACUAUUAAAAUUAUAUGAAGCGUCUUUGAUGUACUGUGUUAGUGACAUCGUGGAUCAAUUUGUGUACAUAAAUCACGUGAUAUUGUGAACUGAGAAGAAACGCAGAUCUUAACAUUUGUAAAUUCCGUCCUUUAGAAUGUGUUUGAAUUGUUCAUGUAAUGGUAAGUAUGCAUUUCUAACAUAAUAUGUUUCGAACGUUGCAGGUUUUAGAGGUGUUUGAUAUGUCUAAUGGACAGGGAAUAUACAUUUUUCAUUUGAGUUUUACAAUAAUUGGGAAUUUCUGUUCAAAUCUGUGUACAGAUAUUGGGAACACCUAGGAAUUCCCGAGUGUUCGUGCACUGGGAAUGUGUACGUUCUCUUUUAGUACAUGUAGCUAAAGGGUUCCCAAGUUCUCUGUAGUGAAAUUCCCAAGUUUCCAUAGUGAAAUUCCUAAGUUCCCUGUAGUGAAAUUCCCAAGUUUUCUGUAGUGAAAUUCUUAAAUUCUCUGUGGUGAAAUUCCCAAGUUCUCUGUAGUGAAAUUUCCAAGUUCUCUGUAGUGAAAUUCACAAGUUUCCGUGGUGAAAUUCCUAAGUUCUCUGUAGUGAAAUUUCCAAGCAUUCUGUAGUGAAAUUCACAGGUUCUCUGCAGUAAAAUUCAAAAAAAAAUCUGUUUUAGGAUUCUUUGAGAAAUAUUCUUUUCAAUAGCAAAUUAGCUAUAAUAUUUUACAUCUUCAUUUGGCGUGGAGCCUCAAUAUAAAAUCAUCAGACUUAACCCAGGUAGGACUGAAAGAAACAGGUGAGUGUUGUGGCUCACAUAAAUCCUUAAUAUAAAUUGCAUAACAAUCUAUAUCAUACAUCGUAAGCUGUGUUGGAUCAAUAGAAGGCAUAAUUACAUAAGUUUUAUUUACGAUGCAAAUGAAUAUUCGUGGUGUUGAAGUGCCCGAUAGCAAAACACGAUCGUUUUGCAUUUUGAUACACGUCCAUCGUAUUGCAGCUGAUUUCCCGAACGUUAAAUGUAACUCAAUAAAUCAGCUCCGUAAAUUACAAUAACACUUAUUGACAGUCCGGAACGAUUCCGUGGCAUUUAACCAGAGUAAAUAAGUGGACAUUAAUAUAGAUGUCUGCUCUCUUUGGAAUGGAUUAAUCGACACUGAUAUGGCUCGUGAACGAAAGCCAUUUACCAGAGUACAAUGUAAAAAUUCUUCGAGAAGUCAUUUGCCGUAAGGGUUUUUGUUGUCCUCGAAUUAUAGAAAACCACAGUGGCGUCCAGCAAACGGUAACCACAUACUCGUCAGGUAGAUCUGCUAUUGAUUCUUAUAUCGUUUACUAAUCAUCAUGCGAUGACAAAAGCGCCACGCUUCACCAUGGUGACUUACUAAUGGCCAGUCAUCAUUAAGAUUUAGCGACUUCCUGCAUCAGACCAGAUUGAAAUGAAGCGCAUCUGUUGACUCGUUCUGUGAUCGAUUUUAAUUUUCUCGCGUCUCAGCGGACCUCUUUUUUAACGAGGACGAAUAUUGCGCAGCCCUGAGCAAUCUGUGCUUUAUCUUUUGUAGAGUCACUGGCGCGCACUGUCUCCCGCCUCUUCGGACGCUGUUGUCACGGACACUGACCUCCCAAGGGCCCAUGUAUCCUCCUUCCAGGCGAUAAUGCAGACUAGGGGACGCCGGAAGAGUAUGCCGAUUUUCCGGACGGAGUGUUUGGACAUCUCUGACAAUGAAAGUGAUGAGGAUCCCUACAACCAUAGUAUUCGGCGCAGGCGAUCUAGGCGUCACAGCAGACGACACUCUAGGCGCAGCCGACAAACAUCGCCUGCACAGACAGUCCGAAUGCCACCUAGAAACCACGUGGGAAACGAUGACUACGAGGAAAGUUGUCCAAAUGCAGGUGAAAUAGGCUUUAUAUCACGUGAUAUUCCUAAUCAAAGAGAGCUAUUUUUCUACAUGUCGGGGGAUUCCGAUAACGACAGUAUACCCGAAACUUCCGAUUAUUUACUGAGUAAUAGGAAGCCGGAUGGUCAGAGUCAUGAUUCUUCGGAACACCUCGUAAAUGUUCUGUCUCCUGAUCAUAUGGGCAGCAUUUCGUACAGCGGACCGCCUGAAUCACAGUUUAAAUAUCCGUCAAAUAAAAGCCCGGAAAAGAUUGUGAUAGACAGUGUGUGCCGAGAUAUAGAGCGAAGGUUUUCUAGCGAAGUCGUAUACCAGCAUAACACACCACGAACCGAAAGACGUCGAAAGAACCCAAGUGUUGACCCCAAUUAUCUAACUCCAGAAAACCCAGAGCGGAACCGAAGUUAUUCGUCGGAUUCCAAUUCGUCGAUGAGAUCUUUCGUGUCCUCCAUCACUGAUUAUGAUAACGCUGAAAUCCAUCAAAUUCCUUUCACUCAAGACUACUUCACAUCGUUGGAGCCACGGGAAAUUCUUUUGUAUCGUGACGUCAUGGAUCAAAGCACGAGGUCUUCCGGGUUAGGCAUGCGUGUUAUGUUUGGCAAAAAGGGUUAUGGCGGGAAGCUGGGGGCGUUUGUAUCAAAGGUGGAUAGAAACGGACCGGCCGACUCCUACGGAAUCCGGAAAGGAGAUCAGAUACUUCUGUGGAAUGGGAAAUCCUUAAUGGGGACCACUCUAGAGGAAUCCAUGGAGGUCAUAGGUCAAAGUUCAGAUGUAGUUCAGCUCCUGGUAGUGCAUCAUACCACUAGUUUCAGCGACAACGAAGAGUCGAGUACAAAUGGAUGUGAAAAAUUUGCCCCACACAGUGCAACGACCCGAGAGAUGGACGAUCGAUCCAACUGCGCGACACCUCCUACUUCUCUUAAUCUCACCCGGAAGCGGAGAAUGCUUCCGAAAACUCCGGUUGAAAUCAAGAAAGAAGACCGGCGUGUCAGUGGUUGCGUGCGCAUGGCAGUGACGCACGAAGAUCUGUGUUUACUGGUGACGCUAGACAAAGCGGAGAGCCUCGUUUCUGUUGACCAUCACACGCCGUUAAAUCCUGUAGCGAUGGUGCACCUUCUGCCCAACCGUGGAGGUUUUCCAAUGCACCAGACUCGGCUCCAAUUCAACAUGGCUGACCCCACCUUUGAUGAGACCUUCACUUUUCACGACAUUCAGAGGGAGGAGCUGUCGCGCCUAUCUCUGGAGGUGACACUAUGGACAGUAGUGGAGGACCAGCACCUAUUUCUGGGGGAGGUACUCCUCGACUUCUGCGACAUUCAGCUGGAUAAUCAGUUCCGGACUUACAGUCUACAGGACCACGACGAAAAUAGUUCACCGCUUCCGGUGCGGAAACGGAAACAAUCGUCUGACGUGACCACGACAAGUCCCAUGACGUCGAUUAAUGAUGGCUCCAGUUGGUCAACCAGUCCUGGUGUCCAGUAUUCGCCUUGGAAAGACCCCCUGCAGAGUGAAGACAGAGGUGCAUAUCAUAUGACCAGUGGAUAUGCCAAUGGUCGGGACCGGCGGUUCAAGCUCAAUGUAACCCAGUCGGUCCCUAACUCUCCACAACUGUCCCCCAUCAGCGCCGCAGAGGACUCGGUAUACCUUGGAGGAGACCACCGUGAGAGUAUUCCAUCAUUAGUCAGGAAGAGAAUGUCGAGCGCCAAAUCGAAAGUAGCUGUCCUCGCUGUAGAAAGUCGCCGCCACAGUAUGUAUGACCGUAGGAAGCUGACUGUUCGCAGUUCCAGUCUGUCUGAAGAUACUGCGGAGACGGCAUGGUCUGGCCGUAACUAUGACAACCCAUCGCCCAUCAGUCGCCGUUCUGCCGUCAGCUGCAUGUCAGGUACAGAAGAACUUAGCAAACCGCCACAGCCUCUUAACGCGGGAGACGGCACUAAUCACUUCCCGGAAGAUGAUGAUGAUAACUCCAGCGAAUACCAGGCUAGUGGUGUUUGUGGUACUUUUGGGAGAUUGGACCCGGACGGAAAUGACGUAGCGUCACUCCUUGGCCCUGGGCAAGUGCCCCCGAAACCGUCGAGUGAGACGGCCAUUUGCGGUAGCAUACGUCUAGCCUUUAUGGUGUCCAAAGGUCAGCUAGAGGUUGACAUCAUCAACGUCACGGACCUAAACAGGAGUCCGCAUAGUACUCCUCCAGAUACCUACGUGAAGGCUUAUUUAGUUGGCGGAUCCAAGGUUAUACAGAAGAAGAAAACUCACACUGUAAAGGCUUCCUUCAGUCCCUUCUUCCGCCGCACGAUCAAGUAUUCCGCCUGCAACAUCCAUGGUCGCGCCAUUAAGGUGAUUCUGUGGGCGCGUCAUGGCGCGUUCGACAGGAAACAGUCCCUGGGUGAAGUGGUUAUUAAGCUAGAUGGCCUCGAUCUGAUGCACCAGUCCAGUAACUGGUACAAACUGUUCCCGUCCGGGGCGACAGACUUCGGCUCAAACGAAUCUCUUCAUCUCUGGUGACUCGAAUGUUACCCUUCACCUCAACAUCACUUGAUCGGUCAUGGGGAAACGACACUGUCUCGCACAUAAACACGACCGAGUGACUGUAGGAUGGGUAUAUAUACUGUCCAUUAUAACAGUAGAAGAGGACAGUCUGUCUCGCUCUUAAACACGACCGAGCGACUGUAGGAUGGGUAUAUAUACUGUCCAUUAUAACAGUACAAGAGGACAGUCUGGGUGAUCAGUUAUUACAGCAGAAGAGGACAGUCUGGAUAUUAGGAUGGACAAUGGACAGGUGUGUGUAGUUCAUGCGACUUUUGUUGGAAAUACACCCCGUCCUAUGAAUAUGUACAGCACUGUAGAAAAUGUAAACAAUGCCCGGAGAUAUUCAGCAAUUUAUAACAGGAUAUAGACAUAUUCACGGAGCUAUAUAGGUCACUCACUACCCAGGAGUCUAUAUAUAGGUCACUGUCUAUCCAGGAGUCUAUAUAUAAGUCACUGUCUAUCCAGGAGUCUAUAUGUAGGUCACUCACUACCCAGGAGUCUAUAUAUAGGUUACUGACUAUCCAGGGUCUAUAUAGGUCACUCACUACUCAGGAGUCUUUAUAUAGGUCACUCACUACCCAGGAGUCUUUAUAUAGGUCACUGUCUAUCCAGGAGUCAAUAUAUAAGUCACUGUCUAUCCAGGAGUCUAUAUAUAGGUCACUCACUACCCAGGAGUCUAUAUAUAGGUCACUCACUACCCAGGAGUCUAUAUAUAGGUCACUCACUACCCAGGAGUUUAUAUAUAGGUCACUCACUACCCAGGAGUCUAUAUAUAGGUCACUCACUACCCAGGAGUUUAUAUAUAGGUCACUCACUACCCAGGAGUUUAUAUAUAGGUCACUCACUACCCAGGAGUCUAUAUAUAGGUCACUCACUACCCAGGAGUCUAUAUAUAGGUCACUCACUACCCAGGAGUCUAUAUAUAGGUCACUCACUACCCAGGAGUUUAUAUAUAGGUUACUGACUAUCCAGGGUCUAUAUAGGUCACUCACUACCCAGGAGUCUAUAUAUAGGUCACUCACUACCCAGGAGUCUAUAUAUAGGUCACUCACUACCCAGGAGUCUUUAUAUAGGUCACUCACUACCCAGGGGUCUAUAUAGGUCACUCACUACCCAGGAGUCUAUAUAUAGGUCACUGACUAUCCAGGGGUCUAUAUAUAGGUCACUCACUACCCAGGAGUCUAUAUAUAGGUCACCGUCUAUUCAGGGGUCUAUAUAUAGGUCACUCACUACCCAGGAGUCUAUAUAGGUCACUCACUACCCAGGAGUCUAUAUAUAGGUCACCGUCUAUCCAGGGGUCUAUAUAUAGGCUGCUGACUAUCCAGGAGUCUGUAUAUAGGUUACUGACUAUCCAGGGGUCUAUAUAGGUCACUCACUACCCAGGAGUCUAUAUAUAGGUCACUCACUACCCAGGGGUAUAUAUAGGUUACUGACUAUCCAGGGGUCUAUAUAUAGGUCACUGACUACCCAGGGAUCUAUAUAUAGGUCACUGACUAUCCAGGGAUCUAUAUAUAGGUCACUGACUAUCCAGGGAUCUAUAUAUAGGUUACUGACUAUCCAGUGGUCUUUUGAUAUGUCACUAACUACCCAGGGGUCUAUAUAUAGGUUACUGAAUGCAUGACUAUCAUGGGGCCUUUAUAUAGGUCACUCACUACCUAUAUAUAGGUUACUGAACUACUUAAACAACUACAUAUAUUUCUUUUAUUGUCGGUGCUGCAUGCAAAAUAUAAUUGAUUGUUGUUAACAGGUAACAUAUAUUAGAUGAUAUAGUGUGGGCUUUAACUUCCAGACAAGCGGUGCCUUUAUAUUCACAAUAUCGAUCCCCAUUUUAUAUCUUGUCUGUAUAUAUAACUCACAACACUGGUGCUUGUUAUGUGUCUAAAUAUACCGCAAGUUUCAAAUGGUGUUCUAAAACAUAAUUAACAUGAAUCAAGAUUUUCCAUUAAUUUUUAUGAACGUCACGAAACGGUUCUGUGAAUUUCAUGUCUUCGAAAUUUUUAUUUGAGAUGAGAUGUUACGUGGGAUGAGAUGUUCAUGAUAUGAUAUGUUACAUGAGUUGAGAUGUUAUGUGAGAUGAGAUGUUACGUGAGAUGAGAUGUUAUGUGAGAUGAGAUAUUGUGUGAAAUGAGAUGUUGCGUGAGAUAAAUGGUACGUGAGCUGAGAUGUGACGUGAAAUGAGAUGUUAUGUGAGAUGAGAUGUUACGGGAGAUGAGAUGUUAUUUGAGAUGAAAGACGUGAAACUUAAGUUGGACGACUUGUUAUGGAUAGACUUAAUAUGAUAUCCUGAACUGUAUACUUUAUAGAGCAUUGUAUGCAUACCACAGUAUUAAUUUGAUAGAAAAAGAAAGUAAUGUUGCAUAUCGAUGGUCAUUAAAUUGUUAUUUUGAUUUUA